AUGGUGAAUCCGAGUAACAUCACGACACUCUUACCCCCGCAACCGGCUGUUGAUCUGACCCAGCCGGCCGUCGAGCCAGUAACGCCCCUGGGUGUUGAGCAUAUGCAGCCAAUGUUCCGCGGAUACAGAGUCUCACGAUCGACCACUGAGCUUCCACCGUUUGACCAGUACGACCAGUCUCUGAUGUUCGGAAUGGAUCUUUCUCAGUCGGAUGAUUUGGCACAGUCUUCAGCUUAUAUGGGCGCAGUGGAAGCCUCCCCUUCAGAGAAUUGGUUCCUAGGUGAUGUGCCUAGUAAUGUUGAGCCGCAAACAUAUUCAGUUUCUGAACUGCCAUCAUAUCCUGCACAAAUGUGGACGGAACAUGUCAUCGACGAGCAAGCCUAUGACUGGUGGGAUGCCGCAAGCUUCACUAACAUCAACGACCCAAUAGGUAUGGCGACUUACCAGCCAGCCGAUGUCCUGUCCACUAUUUUGCUCUCGGAUGGUCAUCUUGUGCCAGAAAUCCCGCAUGGCGAUGAAUCCGGACGGACUGAUAAGGACAAUUCCCUGCUCGAAUCCACGCAGAACGAUAUGACGGCACUUUCAAAUGUUCGCGACACAGAUAGAAGCAUCACAGGUGAGAAGCGGAAGCAUGACGCAUUUUCCGGCGACCAUAACAACGUUGACCUUGCUACCGCCGACCUGUAUCACAUGCAAACUCCACCUAGCAGUUCACGCGCAACUCAACAAUCUCACCAAGGUCCAAUACAAGUACACGGACAGUCGUCGCAAGCUUUGCUGGCAACGUCAUCAACGGCUUCCGACGGACGUUCUGAGCCAGACGGCGUGGACGAGAACGCGAUAGGCCAGUACAGCCCUUCGGUUGACACGGACAAGCGGGGCAGUGCGAGAGGACCGGCAAAAGCCUCGCUCAGCAGUUCAAGUACAGAGAAGCGGCCACGCUACAGCUUUUGA